AUGACGUCAGUGGAAAAUCCACCUCCGGGAGGAAGAGCGUCAGCAGAUGGAGGAGCCGUAGAUAGCGGUGGUGGCGGAGCAGGAGGAGGAGGAGGCGGAGGAGUUGCAGGUCUGCCGCCCGGGGUCAGGCCACGCCCACAACUGCCACCGAAGCCACCCAUCGACACGAUUAGAUAUAGCAUGAACAACAUCAAAGCGGACAUCAAGCGCAUCGGUCUUGAUCUUCAGUCCUGA